AUGAACAAAUCUAGUGAAUACCAACGCGUAUUCAAUCACAUCGAUAUAGAUGGAGAUGGUAUGAUCUCUCCAUCAGAGCUGCAACACUGCAUUGGGUUGAUCUGGAACGUUGGAAUUUUACUUGAAGAGGUAGAAGUUGCUGUGAAAUCGUCACAAGGAAACAAUGGACAGUUAGGGUUUGAAGAUUUUGUUGGAUUAAUGGAAAGCGCAAAGGAAGAAGAGAAGCUUGAGGACUUGAGGAAAGCUUUCAGAAUGUAUCAAAUGGAUGGGACUGAUUGCAUCACUCCCAAGAGCUUAAACCGGAUGCUGAAUCGACUCGGUGAGUCCAGAAGUUUGGAUGAGUGUGUUGGUAUGAUAAAUCGAUUUGAUCUCAAUGGUGAUGGAGUUCUCAACUUUGAUGAAUUCAAACAAAUGAUGCUUUGA